GCAAAUAAAACUCAAAACUGCCACAGUCGCGAGCGGAUCAAGUCCAUCGGUCCCAAUCGUUGCGUGUUUUCGACGAAAUUCCCCGCAAAAGAGAUCGCGUUUCGGGCGGAAAAGUGCUUCCGGGUGACACGGGCGGUCCGGCGGUCGUGAUUGGGGUAGAAUUUACGUGAAUCUUCUCAGCUAGUGGCGAAUAACGGAGAAACGAAGAUAUUCCGUCACCGCAACACGCGUCGCGCCGUGUCGUUGCCACUGGAUGGGGCUCGUCGUCAAAAUUGGUUCAGUUGGCAGUGUUUGAAAAGAGCGAGAAAUUCGUUGCCACUAAAGUGCGACCGUGAAUGGUCUGAAAAUGUUUUCCAAAAAGAAGAAAAAGCCGCAAAUUUCGUUCCCGAGCAACUUUGAGCAUCGUGUCCACACCGGGUUUGACAAACGCGAAGGUCGCUAUGUGGGUCUGCCGCUACAGUGGGCCUCAAUCGUGGGCAACAAUCAAAUUCUCAAGUCCACCAAUCGGCCCCUUCCCCUAAUCGAUCCCUCGGAAAUCACUCCCACGGAAAUCCUGGACCUCAAAACGAUCGUCCGGCCACACGGUCAAAACCCCAACUCUAGCGCAGCUUCCACCACCGGCAGCCUGGGUGAACCAGGCAAACUGGUCCUGCCGAAAACCUCCAGCGUAGCACGCUCAAACUCGCUGCGAAGCUCCAGUCCACCGCGAGUCCGCCGUGGUGAACUGCGCGCCAACACCAACGUUCCACCCUCCGUCCCGGAAGAACCGCUCCACCUCGGUGGCGGCCAAUCGCCGUUCCCAACCCAACCCAACAACAACUUCCCUCCCGUACCCGCCAAGCAACAUUUCGCCGGAAAUCCUCACCCGCAUCCCCACCAUCAGCAGCAGCAGCAGCAGCAGCCGUUUGGGGAAAAUGCAGCAUUUAACCACCUCAACAACAACUACGACCCCCAGCAGAACCACGUCCACCAGCAUCCGCAUCAGCCGGUGGGGUCGCACAACCAUCACCAUUUGAAUGGGAAUGUGGUGACGGCGCCUGCGACGGCUGGACAGCAGCAGCAAACGAAUCCGGUUGGCAAUAACGGCACCAACGGAAACCAUCCCGCGAAUCCGAUGAACGUGAUGACGGACGGGGGCAUGUUGUAUAACAACAGAUCACAAAAAUCCUCCCCCACCGGAUCGGACGGCGUAAUGCGAUACCCGCAGCAAGGCUUCCCUGGACAAUUCCCAGCCCAAGGACACCCCCCACAACAGCAGCAACAACAACAGCAUGGCAAUGGUCCACCCCCGUUGCACAACAAGCCUAACUUCAAUAACGGCGCCCAACAGCCGGUGACCAACCACAUCCACCAGGGUAUGCACGGUGGCCAGAUGCCACAGCCCCAGCCCGGCAUGACAGCCCCCCAUAUGGAUCCCGCUGGCCAUCAUCACCACCACCACCACCAUCCGAAUCACAUGGGUGGACCAGCUCCGGGAAUGCAACAACAGCAGCAGCAACACCCAGGCCAUCAUCAGCAAGCACCCGGCGGUCCCGGUCCUCUCCAUCCGCCCAUGAACGGCCCCGGCCAGUUCCCGAACCACCACCAUCCCAACAUGCCCCACAAGAUGCCAUCGCCUGCCUCGAUCGCGGGUUCCAUGAACAACGACCAGAGUGUAAAUAGCUUGAACAACAACAGCAACCUUAAUCCCAGUACAAAGGCCAACUCGCGGGCCUCCAGCUCGAGCGGAGGCAACAUCUCGGUGGCGCAAAGUACGACCUCGUCCGUCCAGAUGGGCGGCGGCAGUCAGCAGGGUGGACCCGGGUCUACGAAGACGGAGCAGCGGUUGACGCAUGAGCAGUUCCGCGCUGCAUUGCAAAUGGUGGUCUCCGCCGGGGAUCCUCGGGAGAACCUGGAGAACUUUACCAAGAUCGGAGAAGGUUCUACCGGUACGGUUUGCAUCGCAACGGAUAAGUCGACUGGUCGUCAAGUGGCCGUCAAGAAGAUGGACCUGCGGAAGCAGCAGCGCCGCGAGUUGUUGUUCAAUGAGGUUGUUAUCAUGCGAGACUACCACCACCCGAACAUCGUCGAGACGUACAGCAGCUUCCUCGUGAACGACGAGUUGUGGGUUGUGAUGGAGUACCUCGAGGGAGGUGCGCUGACCGACAUUGUGACCCACUCGCGGAUGGACGAAGAGCAGAUCGCAACGGUGUGCAAGCAGUGCCUGAAGGCGCUGUCCUAUCUGCACUCACAGGGAGUAAUCCAUCGGGACAUCAAAUCGGACUCGAUCCUGCUGGCCUCGGAUGGGCGGGUGAAGCUGUCCGAUUUCGGCUUUUGCGCGCAAGUUUCGCAGGAACUGCCCAAGCGCAAAUCGCUGGUCGGCACGCCGUACUGGAUGUCGCCCGAGGUCAUCUCGCGGCUUCCGUACGGUCCUGAGGUGGACAUCUGGUCGCUUGGAAUCAUGGUCAUCGAGAUGAUCGACGGCGAGCCGCCGUUCUUCAACGAGCCACCGCUGCAGGCGAUGCGCCGAAUCCGGGACAUGCCGCCGCCAAAGUUGAAGAACUCGCACAAGGUGUCGAGCCGGCUGCAGAACUUCCUCGACCGCAUGCUCGUGCGGGAUCCCGUACAGCGGGCUACCGCUGCGGAACUGCUCGCGCAUCCGUUCCUGCGUCAAGCGGGGCCGCCGUCGCUGCUGGUUCCGUUGAUGCGCGGCGCGAGGCACAGCAAUUGCUGAGGGGUGAGCAUGACCAUUUUGAUUUGUGUACAUAGGUAAGGCGAAAAGUCAGCGAAUCUAACGAAACAAAAUCUACGACCCUAUUUUUACUCAUAUCGUGUGGAUUCAAAUCUCGCGUUCGAUCCAACGAACGAAACGCUUGCAUUUUACAAGAGAAUAAAUAACUACUUUACUCUAACAGUUAAAUGUUGCAAGCAAAGCUUUUUUGCCUUACUCGUAAUUUGUAUGCCUUAAGAGAGAGAAUAACUGAAGAUGUUAUGAAGAAAGAAAGAGUUAGUAUAGAAAAAGUGCCCUUGAAUCUGACAGCAUUUUUUAGCAAAUAGUUGCACUCACCCCCAAUUCUCCACUUUUUCGGUGAUUCCGUUGCGGUUAUCACGACCACCCACGUACCAGAAAUCAUUAGCUUCUUACGAAACUGAUGAAUCUUAACGAAACAUUCCAGCAGUAUUUAGUAGAAAUCCACUUAACACUUGCAUACGUUCAACCUGAUGCAGAGUUUCAAAGGGCAAACGGUCUAUUUUUUGUUUGCCAUUUAUAUUUGUUUUAACUGUGUGUAAUCCCACAUUUAAGUUGUAAACGUUAUCUGUUUUUAAAACACGCGAAACAUAGUAUUAUUCUUUAGCGUUAAUUAUGAUCCAAGCUCCGCCUGGUUGGCCGUAUUUUACGAUAAUAUUUAAGUUAUCUUUUAGUCUCGCAACGUAAAGACCAUUCAACCCCCUCCCCUUUAGUAUUUAUUGUGUUCCAAAAGUUAUUCCAACGUGUAGGCCCAUAUCAGAGCAACACUUUUAACUUCCAGACUCUCAAGUACUCUCAAAACAGAAACCAAUUGGACUGAUUUUCAAUGGAAAAGAAACAGAUUUAAACAUAAUCACAGGAACCGAAUGGCAGCGAAAGAAUUUAUUUAAAAGAGAUCAGUUCAACGAAGAAUUAAACGGUGUAUUGAAAAUACUUAAAUGUUUAAGCCUAUAAAAGUUACAUGUUACAGCUUAAGCAAAUAUGCGGAGGGAGUCAUUAAGGAUGUCCCGUAGUUUUGCUGUUUUAUUUGCGAAUUAGUUAAAAAAGCAGUAAAGUCACUGGAUAUCGUGACCACCCUACAAAAAUAGUUAGCAUAUACCUAAAGCUAGUUUUACAGAUUAAACGUUAGCGGCUGUAAAAAGGUAAUCGCUAAUCAUUCAAGAUUGCAAAAUUUAUAAAAAGUUAUUACAUUAAAACAUGUUAGUAUUGCAUAAAUCUUGAAAGAUUUUUAAAUAAAGGAUAUAGAAUAA